AUGCGGUUUGGACAGAACUUCCACCAAUUCUUGGUGCCAGAAUGGGCACCGUUCUAUGUUCCCUACCCCUUGCUGAAAAAGUUAUUCAAGAAGGCUGCCGGAAAUUCGAUCGGUGAAACUGUGCACUCUGACUUUUCAGACGUGUACACACUGCUGACCGAGAGCAUUGAUUCCUUUAACAACUUUCAUAACAAAAAUUGCAACCUCCUUAGAGAAAGACAAAGACAUCUUUGCAUGAAAUAUGCAUCUGUGCAUGGAGAAAGCAUCUUUUUGAGAAAGAAGGAUGAGAAUUGCCACGAAGAAGAGUACCUGCUUCAAGCAGUUGCGGAAAUUCGCGAUGAUUUUGAGAAGCUGCAAGAUUAUUUUCGAGUGAAUGAAGAAGCUAUCCACAGAAUAUACGUCAAAAUCGAAAAAUCCACCGGUUUCGUUGAGCAAUUUCAUCAAAGACACAAAGCCAGCUGGGUCAAAUCGAAGAUUGGCCACCACACAUGUUUGAACUUCAUGCGGACAUUGGACGACCUGACAACUAGCGUCAUUGGGGCCCCCUCUGAUAGAGAAGCCCCCUCAAAGAUUAUGCAAUCGUGCUACGAAAGCAUGUGUGAUCAAAGUCUAUCAUCCCCAGCCGAGCGUCAUGCUUUACAUUGCGCUAUCAGGAACGAUGAGCCUUCAACCUUAGCUAAUCUGAUCAAGAAGUUAAAGCGUAAUGGUGCGCCACAAUCGCACUUCAAAAAACUUCUUUAUGCUCUAGCGGAGCUUUCUGUAAUCUCUCAUUCUCAACUUUCCGUUCGGUAUUUGCUCUCAGAAGCGUUCCCUGCAAAUGACGUUGUGCUGGAUCACAAUCUUUUAAACCAUGUCAUUACCAUUUGCAGUCGAGAGUAUGGUUCAAAGAUGAGCGAUGGAUUGAGCAACGAGUGGCAGUGUGUCACUGGUAGACAGGGUGAGGAGAGAGGAGUCGACUUGUUCAUUUUCGCUGUUUGCCGGCUUGGCAUUCAUCAAAAGAAUGCCUUACUCGCGGAAGACACCUUUGGGCGGCUUUGCCUUCAUUAUGGCGCGAUUUACGGCUUGCCACCCAUAUGCCAAUCAAUCCUCAAUUGUGCUAAAACCUGGGGUCAGGGUUUCUCUUCAAGAAUGAUCUUCUCUUUGGAUUGUCGAGGUUGCACGCCCUUUCAUUACGCAGUGACUGAAAAUCAUGUGGCCGUUGCAGAGAUAUUCCUGGAAAUAUUGGUUUCUGGCAAUCAGUCGAGUCGUGAAGCUCAGUGUCAAAACUUGUGGAACCAAAUUAAUGAUCUUCUGGUUAUUGCCAUCAGAUACCAACAUGAUGACAUGGUGUUCCUUCUUGGAAAAGCUCAGAUUGAAUUUCAAAGCUCCCGCUCUAUUCACGGAGAAUCUGCUCUUUAUGUUGCCGCUCAAAUUGGGCGUGAGGACUACGUGAAAGUCCUGCUAGAAAAUGGCAAUAUUCUCUACUUAGACAUGCCCGAAACGCUACAAGGCUGGACACCGUUGUUUAUCGCUUGUGUGGAAGGCCAUAAGACCGUUGCCCAACUUCUCUUGCAGGCAGGAGCGAACCAGGAGAUAUAUGAUCAUCUCGGCUGGAUGGCCAAAGAGCAUGCAGCUUUGAGAGGCUAUCUGUCUCUGGCCGAAAUGCUGCAGCGAUGGGAUAUGAGUCAGCUCACUGGCGGCCCUGCCAGUAGACUGUUGAGGCCUGUACCUGCAGAUAAAUCCCGCCAUCGAUUUGAAACUGAUCAGGUCAUUGUCAAUCUUGGUAGCUUGCGGAUUGGAAAAAAAGUGAAAGCCGUGGACUUGGAAGGCCCCUCGCCAGAAAAGACAAAUUACACGAGCAAGCUAGCCUCCUUGGAUAUGUCGAUAUCGGUGGAAGGCAGCGACGGAACGCUUUUAAAACUACCCAUACUGAGUGAUGUGGUCAACGAACCGUUUGUAUUCCCAGUUUUGAGACCCAGCGAAGCCCGCCUGGUAUUUAAGUUCUUCCGUGUUGACGACUCCUGUGAAGGACUUCAGUUAGUCGGAAGUGCUGCAGCUCUACUGGAAAGUGGCGGAGACUGUUUUGGAGCGAACCGCGAGAGCCUUGUCAGAGAGCGUACUAUUCCAAUUCUGGAAAAGAAGACAAUGGACGUGAUGGGUACAGUGACUUUUACCUUCGUCAUCGCUAGACCAGUGAUGAAUUUGAAUUUACCUCCAUCCGCCCAUCGUUAUACAACAGAGGGUGCUUUACAACUUGUUGGUCAUCGAGGACUUGGUCAAAACACUACCAAUCACAGCCGUAUUCAACUGGGAGAGAAUACCAUAGAGUCAUUUCUUUCUGCCGCCAAGCAAGGUGCAUCAUGUGUUGAGCUCACUCGAGACCUUGUGCCCGUCAUUUAUCAUGACUUUUCGUUAAGUGAGUCGGGAACUGAUAUUCCUAUCCACGAUCUGAGUUCCGAGCAGUUUAUGUACGCAAACCAAAUUCAGUCACCGAGAGGCAUGCCUACACAGGAACUCAAAAAUACGAGCGCACAAUACAUGUCGGAUGAAUCUGAGUAUCCCAGGCUUCAUGAAGCAGUCGAAGCCGGCGUAGCACCGAUUUCCAUUGAGAUCAACACCUUCAUCGACGAAAUACUCGCCCACGUCUCUCGUGUCAAGAGCGGAAGGAGAAUUAUGCUCUCCUCAUUUUCGCCUGAAGUUUGCAUUCUUUUGGCUAUCAAACAGAAUACAUACCCUGUCCUGUUUAUUACCAAUGCCGGAAAAUUACCAAUUUCAGACAUGGAGAUCAGGGCCAGCAGUCUACAGGCAGCAGUUCGUUUUGCCAAACGGUGGGAUUUGACCGGUAUUGUCUUUUCUUCUGAGACUUUGAUCAUGUGCCCAAGGCUCGUGGGAUAUGUCAAAAAAUCAGGAUUGAUUUGUGGUUCUUACGGCCCUUUGAACAACAUCUCUGAGAACUCGAAAAUACAACACAAAGCAGGUAUUCAGAUGCUUAUGGUUGACGAAGUUGGAUUAAUCUCGAAAGCCUUGAAUGGAACUGCCAAUUGCUCGAUAACAGAUUGA